UUAAAAAAAAAACUCUAUUUUUCAACUCUUUUUACCUCAAAAAAAUUUUUUACUUUAAAAUUUCCCGCUCCAAAUUAGUUACUAAAAAUAACCAAAAAUCAAAAUGGUGAAGUGCCUAGUUAUUAAAUGCUAAAAAAAAAAAAAAAACAAGCAACAUGGCUGCCACGUUGAUCUGACGGUUCAUAGAACUUAAUUUAAUUUCGGAGCAUUCAGUUAGUUUUGAUGGAUUGAUUUAGAUUAAUUAAAAUUGUUUUAAAAAAUUAAUUAAUUAAUAAAUAACAUUAAAUUUUAUAAAUUAUAACGUGUACAUUUAAGUAGGUUGACAUUUCAAUUAAAAUAUCUGUCAUUUGAUAAAAAACAGUCAAUGUGUUGUUAUUCUGAACGAAAAAUAUUUCACCAGGAAAAACAAUAAUAAAAUGAUGGUUAACGUUGAUGAUGUUAUACUGGAAGCAAAAACAGUUGAUGUUGAAAAAAAGCCAGUUGUUGAUGAGCUAGGAUUGCGACAUCGUAUUCCAUGGACAGAUCGAGUAACACUAGAUACUGAUGUACCAAGACUAAAAGAAGUUGAUGCACUAUUUGAGGAUGAUGAUGUUAGUUGUUUGGAAGAAGUAGAGGAUGGUGUUGGUUGUCCACUUCCUUCAACACCUGAAGAUGAUCAUCUUCUUGAUUGUGAAAUGACUGAGGUACUAAAAGCUGGUGUUCUCAGUGAUGAAAUUGACUUGGGUGUAUUAGCACACAAUGCUGCUGAACAUGCUGAAGAAUUUGUUCGAAAGGUUUGGAAAGCAUCAUGGAAACAGUGUCAUUUUCAUAAUUUACCAAGAUGGUUACAAGACAAUGAUUUUCUACAUGCUGGACAUCGUCCACCACUGCCAUCAUUUUAUGCAUGUUUUAAAAGUAUAUUUCGUAUUCAUACUGAAACUGGUAACAUCUGGACUCAUUUACUUGGUUGUGUUGCAUUUAUUGGAAUAGCAAUAUUUUUUUUAACUCGUCCACCAGUUGAAAUACAAUUUGAAGAAAAAAUUGUAUUUGGUGCAUUUUUUGCUGGUGCAAUAAUAUGUCUUGGUAUGUCAUUUGCCUUUCAUACUGUUCACUGCCACAGUGAAUGUGUUGGUAGAUUAUUUUCAAAACUAGAUUAUUGUGGUAUUGCAAUGUUAAUUAUGGGAAGUUUUGUACCAUGGUUGUAUUAUGGUUUUUAUUGUGAUUUUCAACCAAAGCUAAUAUAUUUAUCAAUUGUUCUUGUGUUGGGUAUAACAAGUAUUGUUGUAUCAUUAUGGGAACGUUUUGGUGAACCAAGUUAUCGUCCAUUACGUGCUGGUGUAUUUAUGGGUUUUGGAUUGAGUGGUGUUAUACCAGCAGUACAUUAUUUAAUUGCUGAAGGAUGGAUGAAAGCAAUUAGUCAAGCAUCACUUGGUUGGCUUAUUUUAAUGGGAGUACUUUAUAUUUGUGGUGCAAUGUUUUAUGCAUUAAGAGUACCAGAAAGAUUUUUCCCUGGUAAAUUUGAUAUAUGGUUUCAAAGUCAUCAAAUAUUUCAUGUGUUUGUUAUUGCUGCUGCUUUCGUACAUUAUCAUGGUAUCACCAAAAUGGCCAUGUACAGAAUGAGCAUUGGUGAUUGUGCUAAUACUGCACAAGUCAUGGCAUUUUAAUUUUUUUUAUUAUUCAAUUAUUUAUCAUGAAUUUUUUUGAUUAAA